AUGAUCAAUUCUACUCCAUAUUUUGCCCAAGCAAAUGGACAAGCUGAGGCUUUCAACAAAGUAAUUCUCAACAUCCUUGAAAAGAUGAUUGAGAAUUAUCCAAAGGAAUGGCAUCACCUACUUUAUGAGGCCCUUUGGGCUUACAGGAUUUCAAAAAGAUCAAGUACGAGUGUCACACCAUAUAUACUUACAUAUGGACAUGAUGUCGUUCUUCCAAUGGAGAUGACCAUUAGGUCUGCAAGGAUGGCUCUCCAAAAUAAGCUAACUCUAGCAGAUUACAACCAUGCUAUGUUGGUAGAAUUGGAAGACCUUGAUGAAGUCUAUCUCAAUGCAUUAGACCAUGCUAUUGCUCAAAAGAAGAAAGUCAUGUGGGUAUACAACAAGAAAGUAAACGCAAAAUCAUUUGUGGAAGGAGAUUUGGUAUGGCAAGUCGAAUUUCCACCAGAAGUCCAAGACAAGGAAUAUAAAAAGUAG